UUCUGCUGUUUACAGAGGAGUGUGAAGCUGGGAUGCUGCUGGUACAUGUGGCCGUCAUGCCUUGGUCUGACCUCCACUUUUCAUCCAUGCUGAUCAUUUAGGGAGAAGACAGCAAAGUACAAGGGUGUCUGAGUGAAAAGAUGAAUUGAAUUAUGCCACUGGUGUCUGUGUGAGGGAAUGACUUUGAAUAUGUCUGGAUCAUGGGAGGAGUCCCUGCUGAACUCUUCUUCCUCCUCCUUCUCCUCCUCCUCCUCACAAUGCAAACACAACAUGACCAGCUGGGAAGAGUGCAUGGAGAAGAUGUACACCUACUUCUACCUGCUGCUCUUCAUCCCUGGGCUGCUGCUCAACACCACUGCCCUCUGGGUCCUCUGCAAACACAUUAGUAAGAAGACCAAGACGGUGAUCUUCAUGAUAAACCUGGCGGUGGCAGACCUGGCCCACAUCCUCUCUCUGCCCCUCAGGAUCUACUAUUACUUCAAUCAUACAUGGCCCUUUGGACGGGGCAUGUGCUUGUUCUGCUUCUAUCUCAAAUACCUCAACAUGUACGCUGCAAUAGCGUUCUUGGUGUGUAUUAGUGUGCAGAGAUGUGUCUUCCUGCUGAACCCAUUCUCUGCUCGCCAAUGGAGGCGGCGCUACGACGUGCUGAUCAGUUUUAUAGUGUGGGUGGUGGUUGGUUUGGGCUGCUCGCCUUUCAUUUUGAUGCGAAGCAGCAGCAGCAGCAGUGCCAGCAGUGUCAGUGUCGGUACACAGCCAGUCUUAAACAUGUCCAAUUCUUUUUAUGCUGCUACGACCCAUCAUCCCACCACUUACAUCAAGCUCUACACGCCGCCUUUCAUUACCAGCCCCAGCAGAUCCACAGAGAUCCCCAGUACCAACUCUACUAAUGUCGGCUGCUUUAAGGAUUUGCCCAUGCGUCGUCUGCCUACUUCUCUGGCGGUUGCCAUGAUGGCUCUGGCUGAGCUAUUUGGCUUUGUGAUUCCUUUAACCUGCAUUUGUUACAGUUCCAUCCGCAUCGCCCACUCCCUCAACCAGAGAAAGACCCAGGAGGAUCAGAACAACAGCUCCUCAACACGCAACCGCACUCAGUCAGUCAGCUCAACAGAUAAAUGUCAUACAAACAGUGAGAAGCGCCGUGCCCUGCAGAUGGUGCUGGGCUGCACUAUGCUCUUCUUGGUCUGCUUCGCCCCCUACCAUCUGAACUUCCUGCUCUACCUGAUGGUGUCCCAGGACAUUGUGUCCCACUGCCCUACCAGGCUGGCCGUGCGUCAGUUCCACCCGAUGUCUCUGUGCCUGGCUAGCCUGAGCUGCUGCCUCAACCCUCUGCUCUAUUACUUUCUGACAGCUGAGUUCAGAUUACACCUCACCAGGCGCACCUCCUCCGUUACUUCUGCACUCCUCUCCUCCCCGAUCAGCUCCCGGACUCAGCGCCCUGCACCGCAGAGGUUGACAAGCAUGGAGAGCAACUGCUCAGAGUUCUGAGAAUGACAGAGCUAGACAAAAUUCAGAAGAGCAACAGAUAGAUCAUGAUGAACUUGAAAACAGACUCAUCCAAAGAUCCAAGCAACACAACAUGAUGUUAGCACAUGUCUUUAAGUGUCACAGCUGUCCAGUACAAACUGACCCACUGAGCUUUGACUUCAAUGUGAAGAGGCUCUCAGAGGACACAGUUUCAGAACAAACAGAUCAGGAACUGAAAUGGUGCCUAUUGUGUGUUAUGCAAUGUGUGGGUACAGGAUAGGCUGCCCACAACAAGCUGCUUCUGUAUCACGUGUCUCCUGUUCACAUCAUCAGCAAUUUUAAAUAAGCUAUAAGUUCUAUGUAAAUGUAUACCAAUAUACUGCAAAUAAAAUCAAGUCUUUGCCUUCUUUCUUA